CGAAAAAGGUUUUCCUCGCUCGAUCUCGGGGUAUAUAAAGCGAAAUACAACAACCUGGGCGGCUCAGUUGCCGUCCGGUCCCCAAGUCAUUACUCCACGCGAUCCGAUCUCUUCGAGACACGGUCCGAGCUGCCCCAUAGACACCACCGACAUAGACCAGACCCCGCUCCAGUCGCCGUCGCAGUUCAUUAGGGGAAUUGAAAGUGCUUUGUUCGGAUUCGCAUUCAGCCGCCUGGGUGUUGCCAGCGAAGGCCUUUCUGGCUUUAAUCGAUUCGACUCGAAAUAUCUGACUGCCAAUAGAGCCGAUCCAACAUGAAAGUGAUUCAGCGCUUGCUCUUUGUCGGUUGCCUGUUGGUGUGUGGAGUGGGUCUGGCGAAGUCCCAGGACUACCAGGAUUAUCAGGAGAACACACCCAGGACAGCACCGCUGCGCCUGCGCACAAAUCCCGCUCCUGCCCAGGUAGAAAGGGCCACUCCAGUGCCUAUUCUCAAGCAGAUUAACAAACACAAUGAAGAUGGCUCCUAUACUUACGGCUACGAGGGUGCCGAUGGCUCCUUCAAAAUCGAGACUAAACUGGCCACCGGCGAAGUCAAGGGCAAGUACGGCUAUGUGGACGAGACCGGCAAGGUGCGAGUGGUGGAGUACGGAGCCAACAAGUAUGGCUUCCAGCCAUCUGGCGAGGGCAUAACGGUAGCACCACCCACCUUGGUGGACGAGACAGCCAAGGAGGAACCCGACUAUGCAGAUGAGCCUGCUCCCCAGCGUCCCCAAAAGCCCUAUCGGAUUAAUCGUCCCCAGUCACGCCCUCAGUCUGCUCCUGUGCCCCGCCCCCAGCCGCCGCCACCGCAGCCUCAGCCCCAGUAUGUGCAAUACGAGGAGGAGGAGGAGCCGCCACGUCGGAUCCAGUAUGCUCCACAGCCCCAGCACCAGCCACAGCCUUUGCCACAGCAGCACCAGCAGCAGGCAUCGUUGGGUCCGGCGCCACCUCGCCUCCAGAUACCCGGCGCCCAGCGCACCACCGAUGUACUCUACUCGCCGCUCCAGCGUCCCGCCCGUCCGGAGCCGGAUUACUCCCAGUCCCAGAGCUUUGGCGAUGGCCCCUCGAACGUACGGAUCUCCCGUCCAGUGUACGCCCUGCCGCCCGCCUCUCCCGCUCCAAGCAGCGCCCGUGCCCAGGGUUUCCUGGCCCCCGCUUCUGGUGGACGUCCGCUGCUGGAGCCCGUGGGUUUUGGUCACUCCCAGGCUCCCGUGCCCGCCCGUCCUGUCCAGCAGCAGCAGCCGCAGCCCAGUUACCAGCCACAGCCGCAGGCACGCAGCGGCGGAGGAGGAGCUGGUCUGCUGGACCAGCUGGCCAGGGACUACGCCCUGCCCCAGGGGAAUGCCCAGCCACUGCACGACAUCACCUUUGGCUAUUACUGAGUUGCUGCUCGGAGAUAGCUUCCCAAAUACUCCAGAGAUUCCUUGCUUCUAGGUCCUAAUCGCACGGAU